CUAAAAAUAUUUCACUUGUUCCUGCCAGAUGGCGAGUAGCGAUGGCGCCGUGGCGAGCAGCGAUGGCGCUCUGUUGAUUUCUGCCCUGGAGCACCGGAAGAAGCAUCGCCAGCAGCGCGGGAGAUCGGAUUUGGUGCUGGAUGAUCCUCCUCCGGUUGUUGUAGUGAGCGAUUUGGAUCCCUGGACGGCCUGGGCGUAUCAUCCACGCACGAUCUCCGUGCUCAUUGCCGGCGUUUGCGCUCUCAUAUGGGCCAGCGGUGCGCUUCAACCGGAGAUCUCCGACGAGAAUGCCGCUGUCAAUGGUACGAGAGGAGUAUGGGCCAUGAUCGCCGUGUUCUUAGGAUAUUGCUUACUCCAAGCUCCUCCCACGAUCUUGAUACGACCGCAUCCUGCGUUUUGGAGAAUGAUCCAUGGCGUCGCAGUGGUUUAUCUAGUGUUCCUCACCUUCCUUUUGUUCCAGAAAAGAGACGAUGCAAGGCAAUUUAUGAAAUAUAUUCAUCCGGAUCUCGGAAUUGAGCUUCCCGAAAGGUCAUAUGGAGGAGACUGCCGAAUCUACACACCCGAGGAUCCCAACAAGUUUAAGAAUGUCUAUGAUACUCUGUUUGAUGAAUUUGUUAUUGCUCAUGUCCUGGGAUGGUGGGCAAAAGCUAUCAUGCUACGUAGUCUUCCAAUUUUGUGGAUGCUUUCUAUCGGCUUCGAGAUGAUGGAGGUGACGUUUAACCAUAUGCUACCGAACUUCAAUGAAUGUUGGUGGGACAGUAUCAUUCUCGACGUUCUUAUUUGCAACUGGUUUGGGAUCUGGUCUGGCAUGAAAACCGUCCGGUACUUUGAUGGAAAAACUUACGAGUGGGUUGGAUUGAGUCGUCAGCCAACCAUAAUGGGGAAGGUGAGACGCUCACUAAGUCAAUUCACUCCAGCAAACUGGGACAAAGACGAAUGGAAUCCUCUCUCUGGCCCGUUACGUUUUGUCCAAGUGCUUGGGCUUGUUGUCAUUGUCCUCACCGUGGAGCUCAAUGCGUUCUUCCUCAAGUUUUGCCUGUGGGUGCCUCCACGCAACCCGCUAAACUCGUACAGGCUCAUCUUGUGGUGGCUUAUAGCCAAUCCAGCCAUCCGGGAGUACAAUUCAUUCCUUCAGGACAGGUACUCCAGUUUCACCGCUUUUCUCCUGAUUUACUUCUCGUGGUGUGUUUUUUUCUUUUUCAGAAAACCAAUGAAAAAGAUUGGCGCAUUUUGCUGGCUAUCACUUGCAAAUUGCAUUGUCGAGGUACUCAUUUGUGUCAAGUUCGGCCAAGGUCUCUAUCCCAAGCCAAUGCCAAAGUGGAUCGUCAUCUUUUGGUCCAGCACUGCUGCUUUGCUGGGAAUUUUCCUGGCCGGAUGGAUAGCUAAGCUGUACGUCGACAGGAACCGGCUCGUUUCGGCGACCGAGGUGUACGUAAAGAAGGUAUCUUGAUGCUUUAAUCUCUCGUUUUUCAUUCUUGGGCAUACUACCUUUGAUCACUGCGCUGUACGAUUGUGAGAAGAAAAAUAAAAGCCGCAGGCUCUUUGCUCAA